AUGGCUCUUCGGCCCGAAUAUGAAGCCAUACGAGCCUCACUGCUGAAUCGAAAUCCGCUUUCAUCAUUGGACACUGCUAUUCAAGCAAUCAUUUUUGAAGAAACGCGUCUGAAUCUAGACAAAACUCCUCAAAUGGAUGCUGCUCUUGCAACUACUCGAUUCUCACAUCAAAAAUCGAAUCAUCAUCCAUGUAAGAAUUGCAAUCGCACUGGUCAUAUAUUUGCUAACUGUCCUACUAUAGAGUGUAGGUACUACCAUGGUAUCAGUCACAUUCUUGAACAUUGUCCCACGCGACCUCCAAAACAAAAUCGUGGCUUCACCAAAUCCAAGAAUGUUCCAACGUCUGGAUCUUCCUCCAUCUCUGUUGUUGCCACUGAAGGUUCGACGACCAUCACUAUGAGUGAUAUUGAAGAUUUAAUCAAACAGGUUAUGUCUUCCAACAACUCUACUGCCAUGUCUGCUACUCACGGUAAUUCUCGUUGGUUUUUUGAUUCUGCAUGUAGCAAUCAUAUGACCACUGGUAUUAAAUCAUUACCUGUUGCGACACUUGUUUCAUCUCUGCCACCAAUCCACAUAGCCAGUGGCAAUACAAUAAAUAUCACUCAUACCGGUCAUGUAUCCACCUUAAAUCUCACCCUUCCUGACACAUAUUACAUUCCUAACUUGAAACUUAAUCUUAUUUCCAUUGGUCAAUUGUGUGAACAAGGACUGAAUGUUUAUUUUUCUCCCUCUGGUGUUCAGGUACAUGAUCCACAGACGAAGCAGAUCAUUGGGACGGGUCGCAGGGUGGGUCGGCUAUUUGAGCUACAAUCUCUUCACCUUCCCAAAGAUCAUAUUUCUGCUACUACUAUAAAUUCUCCAAUUCAUCAAUCGCAUCUUCGUCUUGGUCACGCCUCAGCAAGCAAAAUUCAACCUCUAAUAUCUCGUGGGUUAUUAGGAUCCACAAAGCCUCAUGAGCACACAAAAUUACAACCACGUGCUCACUUGUGUUUCUUUCUUGGCUAUGGCACAGAACGCAAAUGA